AUGGAAGAAACAAAAGUAAUUUAUCACAUAGACGAUGAAGAAACCCCUUACUUAGUGAAAAUUGCAAUAUCUCCAGAUAAAGUAACUUUAUCAGAUUUUAAAAAUGUUCUGAAUAGGCCUAACUACAAAUUUUUUUUCAAAUCGAUGGACGAUGAUUUUGGCGUGGUAAAGGAAGAAAUUGUAGAAGAUUCAGCACGUUUACCUUGCUUCAACGGGAGAGUAGUAAGCUGGUUGGUAUCUGCCGAUGGCUCAAAUCAAUCGGAUGGAGGUUCUCAAUGUACGGACAGUGUUACGCAUCAAUCGGAAACCAGGUUGCCUCCUCCGGUGGCCGAAUCCGUCUGUACGGACACGGAAAGCAUCAUUAGCUCAAGACAAGGCAGGCGACAUCACAAGUACUCUUCCCGGAUAAAUGGACAUCUUUCGAGAGUUUAUGAGACUGCAUCUAUAGUAAGUUCGGAUCUAGAGACAACAAGUUUUCAAUCGGAGACUACAGGUAGACACACAGCUUUAUCAGAAUGCUCGAGUGUCAGUCGGUUGCACGUGGCUGGAAGGAAAAGGCCACAGAGGCGACGAAAACAACGAUUACAAGCAAUGUCAAGAACCAGUUCUUAUUCGAGCAUUACCGAUUCUACCAUGUCAUUAAAUAUAAUAACAGUUACUUUGAAUAUGGAUUCAGUGAACUUUUUAGGUAUCUCUAUUGUUGGGCAAAGCAACAAAGGUGGAGAUGGUGGUAUAUAUGUCGGAUCAAUUAUGAAAGGGGGUGCUGUAGCAUUAGACGGUCGAAUAGAACCGGGUGAUAUGAUAUUACAAGUAAACGAUGUAAAUUUUGAAAAUAUGUCAAACGAUGAGGCUGUUAAAGUGUUAAGAGAAGUUGUACAAAAACCAGGCCCUAUAAAAUUAGUGGUCGCAAAAUGUUGGGACCCAAAUCCCAAAGGAUAUUUCACGAUACCCAGAACAGAACCCGUAAGACCAAUCGAUCCAGGUGCAUGGGUAGCGCACACAGCUGCAGUAAGAGGCGAUCCAGUGGCACGUCCACCCAGCAGCUCGACAGUAUCCAGCUCGUCCAUAGCCAGUACCAUACCGGCUAACGAACGUGAGUGUCUUCUCGGUCCUGAAUAUGAAACAUUUCCAGAUAUGGACGAGCCGCUGUACGUCAACUCGCCGAUGUCCCAGAUAGUGCAAGCGAUGCAACGGCCCGACAGCGGUUUGGAAAUACGCGACAGAAUGUGGUUGAAGAUUACCAUUCCCAAUGCAUUCAUCGGCACCGACAUGAUAGAUUGGUUGUUAACACACGUCGAAGGCUUCCAGGAAAGGCGCGACGCGAGAAAGUACGCAUCGCAGUUGCUUAAAAACGGCUUCAUUCGACACACUGUUAACAAAAUUACCUUUUCUGAACAGUGCUAUUACAUAUUUGGCGAUCUUUGCUCCGCCAUGACGAACCUUAGAAUACAGGGUGACACUGAUAGUGUCGGUCCACUGCCAAAUGUGCCCAAUUACAUGCCAUAUAGCGGUGCUUACAAUCCGCUGGAGUACAUGCCGAUGCCUUUCUACAGUGAGAACACAGUAUACGGUUACAAUAAAGAAGAAUCAGUUCUGAGCGGAAGCGGUGGUUCGUCGGGCGGGUCUGAGCGCUUGAAAGAGGGCGCGACCGGCCACAGCAGCGCCUCCGACAGCGACAUAACGUCUUUGGGGCCGCGUUCGGGGCCCUUGCAGAAGACCACCAGCGGCAACGGCAACGGCAGCUCGAACGGCUCGGAGCAGAGCAGCGGCACCCAAGUGGCCAAUACCCAAUCGAAAGAUAUAGCUGGUAGUAGACAGUCUUUUAAAAUCGCCAUGGGGAAUCCAUGCGAGAUGUUUGUUGAUGUUGUGUAG